CGCUAAGGAUGAAUUUAGUCUUGCAAGAGUUGGUCUCCCAGGUAAGUAUCAGUAAUCCUGAAGAAAGACAAAGAUCUAACUCUGGACAUCAUGGCAUCCAAGAAUACUACACUGAAGCUCCGUGCAGUGCCAUCAUGGUGAACUGCUCUCAGCCAAACCAACCUGCCCUGCUGGAGGCUCUGACACCAUUCUUUAACCUGAGCGCCAUACGACCCGUCAUGAACAUGGCAACCGUAACCAGGGUCCACACCGCCUUCACCUUGUAUGGAAUUCUAGGAGUGGAUGAAAAGGCUCAACUCUUGAUCACUUACCUGUGGCUAAAUUAUCGGUGGGAAAAUGAGUUUGUCAGUUGGGAUCCAAUCCAGUGCGGCACCGACAAGAUUACUCUCCCCAGAAAGAAAUUUUGGUUGCCAGACAUCGUUAUCAAUGAAUUUAUGGAUGAAAACACAGCCCCAACUGUCCCAUACGUGUACCUGCAUAGCAAUGGUACGGUGCGCGAUGCUCUACCGGCCAAAGUUGUCAGCUCCUGUAACCUCGAUAUCUACACCUUCCCCUUCGACAUACAGAAUUGCACUUUGACUUUCAACUCAUACCUCCACCUUGCAACAGACAUAAAGAUUGUCCUAAACAAACCUGUAGAUCACAUCACAGAGCACUCCAAGGACGUUAUGACGACAAUGGGGGAAUGGGAGCUGCUGGAUAUCACCUACCACAAAUACAGCAUAAAUACUGAUGUUGGUGGUCAAAUUGAUGAGCUCGCAUUUCAUAUCAGAGUGAGACGUCGCGCCACCCUAUAUGUAGUGAACUUGCUGAUCCCCAGCUGCUUCCUCAUCACAGUGGACAUGUUCAGCUUCCUGCUGCCUCCCCAGAGUGUGGACCGAUCCUCCUUCAAGAUGACCCUUAUCCUGGGCUACACCGUCUUCCUGCUCAUCAUGAAUGACUUGCUGCCUAUCACUGGAAACACAAUACCCCUCAUAAACGUGUUCUUCUCUAUCUGCCUGGCUCUGAUGGUGGCCAGUCUACUGGAGACUAUCCUCGUCACCCACCUGCUGUGUGGCUCUGGUGACUUCUCCCCCGUCCCCCGCUGGGUUCAAGUGCUUGUUCUGCAAAUUCUGGGCCGUCUUGUCUGUCUGUCUCAGAAGACUCAAGGUUCAGACAUGGAGCAAAAUGUUGUGGUGGCAAAGAGUAAAGCUGAUGAGGAGCCUCCAGAGGACAGGGGCCCAGUGGUGGAGGACAAGGCCCUGCAGGAGCUGAGGAGCAUGUGCAAGGACCUCCAGGCUCUGCGCCUCCAGGUGGAGCAGCGGGAUGGUGGAAGCCAAGGCUCGGAGGAGUGGAUCCAGGUGGGUUUCAUCAUAGACCGCCUGCUGUUCGGCCUCUACAUCCUCUUCAUAUCAAUCAGCUUCAUUACCAUCAUCAUUAUCUGGGUGACCUCAUACAGUCAGUAGACAACUGCUGUCUGCUUUGAAGCACUCCAUUUAUGUGGCUUGUCACAUAAAUGUUUCACUCAACUUUUGAUCAAUAUGUCAAAAUCUUGUAAUGUUUUAGA